UUCAGUCGGUCGAUUGCUUGGAAGCAAAGCGCACCACAUCACCGCAAAAACCAGAGAGACUCAGAGAGCAGAGAAAUGCUGGCAAGGAGGGCCGUCUCAUUCUUGAAGAGCUCCUCAGCUCCACACUUUUCCAGUGUGGCUGCUUCGGCGAAAACUGUGGAUGAAGCGAAGACCAAAUGGUUUGGUCGCAAGGCUGUGAAUUAUCUUUUGAUUACUGUUACCGGCGGCGUUGCUUUGAGUGCUCUUGAUGAUCUUAUUAUUUAUCAGAGCUGUAGCAGCAAGGCCAUGGAGAAAGCCAGUAAGGACCCAGCCAUUCGAGAUGCUCUAGGGGAACCUGUUUUGAAGGGCCCAUGGUACAAUGCACAGCUUGGAGUGGCUCAUAAGAGGCAAUCUGUAUCUUGCAAAUUUCCUGUGUAUGGACCAAAAGGCACAGGAGUUCUCAGCGUGAAGGCUGUACGUGAUGGAGAUGAUUCCUGGAUCUCAUAUCUCAUACCUCGCAAUUGGGAUAUCUUAAUAAUGGAUGCUCUCCUCCAUAUUCCUGAAAAUGAAGAGAAGCAGCAAACAAUACGGAUUACCAUCCCAGAGCCUGCUUGCACGGCUUCAGCAUGUACAGCAUGCACCGGCCCUAGUUGCAGCACUCAAGAAUCUCAGAAUCCAGAGAAGAAAUAGAGCACUAAAAUGCAUCACAGCGCAAGCCUCUAGGAGGAAUAAUUACAGAAAUAAAGAGUCACACCAUGUCACAGUUUGUGCGUGACACGUGGCACGACCUGAGCAGGCCACACGGAGGGACUCUGUUCCCACUUCCCAGUCGCAAAGACAACCGCGAACGCCGUCGCCGGGUCGUUUAAACUCCCCGAACCGUGGGGCCAAUCUGAUCGUCCGUUGAGCUGUCAUCACUAAAUUCGAUGCUCGAAAUGGUCCCCACGUGUCGCUAUUUACGUGAUUGCCAAGCCUGGGGCCCCCCCAUCACGGUCCUAACUCCAACGCCGUGUCGAGACCAGUAGGUUGUGGGCCCGCCCUUGUCGGGUUGUCGUUUGGAGCGUAUGACUAGUGGGGUCCUCCCUGAGAUAAUCACGAGAAUCUCAUUUUCUCGCCACUUAAAUUUCUCUUUUCCUUAAAAAUUCCUCUCUGCUCUUCUUCUGGAAGCCCAAAAA